AUGCGGUUCCCCGGCGGGACGCCGCCAGCCCGGUUCUUCCUCGCCCUCUGCGUCUGGAGGCUGGUGCAGCGCCGGGACGCCGCAGGAACAGAGGAAGUGGUCUUUGGGAAGGUUGGAGGAAGCAUCCUCCUUUUAUGCCGAAAUGUCUCCAAAGAAGCAACCGAGGUGGUCUGGUUUCAAGGGGAUCCGCACUCUUUCCCCCCACUCUUCUCCUCAAGGGUCACCUUCCCCCCGGACGUCCGUUUCUCCCUCGUUGACAACAGCUCUCUGCGCAUCACGGAGCUGCGUGUGCAGGACGAAGGCAACUACACUUGCAAAGAAGUGCUGAACAAGACGGACCAUGAGCACAGGGUCCGGCUCCUGGUAGCCAAUCCACCGCAUUCAACCCCAAAGUGCUGGGCUGAGACUUCCUCAUCGGGGCUGAUGCUGCAGCUGUUUUGCAGCUGGCCUGGGGGGUACCCCCACCCCACCCUGCACUGGAGAGAAGAGGGGCAUGAUCUGGAGAACUCAACCUGGGUCAUCAGCUCCACGAGCUCCUCGGACACCCACGUGGAAACGCUGAACAGCUCCCACCUCUCCCACCGCAAAGUGUUCAAGUGUGUCGGGAGCCAUGUCGUCAAGCAGGAGCAGCCUGCAUGCACCGUGGAGAUAAAAAUCCCUUCACUGGAGUCGGAGCCCCCAAAGACCUGCUUUGUGGGUGACAACGUGACCCUGACAUGCCGUGUGACUGAGAGCACCCCGGCAGCGAGGCUCACCUGGCUGCGCGGCAUCACCCAGCCAGAGGUGGAGAUCCAACCCGGAGGGAGGUACCUCAUUGCCCAGGAGGGCAACGUGUCCCGGCUCACCAUCCGGAACUGCUCCCAGGGCACUGACGGGGGUUGUUACGUCUGCAAGGCACAGAACCCUGUGGGACUGAGGGAGUUGUUCGUCUGCCUGACAGUGAAGCAGCCGGUGAACAUCGUCGGGGUCGUGGGUGCAGUGGUGGUCCUGUCCCUGCUGGCUAUUCUCACCGUCACCGGGAUCGUCUUGUACUACAAUCCCCUCUUGUGCCUGAGAGGUGCUGCAUUCAGGAAUCAGGACUCGGGUGAUAUCUUAGUGCUGGUGGACUCAGAAGAUGACGAGGAGGGGAAGGGGGAAGAAGAGACCAUAAGCAGUUCCACCAAGCACGAGGCGAUGGCGCUGGUCAAUGGGAACAGUGUCCAGACUGCUUACCUCAACUGCCUUACGGAAGGUGACGAUGGCGAGCAGCACGGCGGGGGCUCUCCACAGGAAACAAGGGAAGAAGAGACACGAGGCUCAUAG